AUGUUGAAGGCACACCUUUACGAGGCUGCCUCAGUUAAGAAUCAGAUUACUCCUUGGCACAAGCAGACGGCUGAAGAGAUGAGGCGCACCUCAGCUGCUUCUGAUCCUCGUCGAUGGUGUCGUCAGCUGGGCGUGGAGGAACAACGGCUGUAUGAAAUGGUGCGCCUCCGUAAUCAGUUUACGCAGUUGCUCCGCGACGCUGGACUUGUAGAGGCUCGAAACCGGCAAAGCGAUGAAGAAGAAGAUGAUGAUGAUGAUAUCACACAGAUUGUAGGACCUGAAAUGUCUCGAAGUUCUCGAAGUGCUAAUCGAAAGAAUUCGUCAAGCAAAUGGAAGCGGUUGAAUUUCGCGAAGCGUAUGGAGAGGGUGCAAACAAAGAGGCGCCGUAUUCUGACCUUACAGGAUAAUGUUAGUUAUCCUCUCUGA